AUGAUUGAAGAUAAUAAAGAGAAUGAAGACCAUGCAGCUGAAAGAGGAAGAACAGCCAUCAUUUUUUCCUUGAAGAAUGAAGUUGGAGGACUUGUAAAAGCAUUAAAACUCUUUCAGGAGAAGCAUGUAAAUCUGGUACACAUUGAGUCACGGAAGUCCAAGAGACAAAAUUCUGAGUUUGAGAUCUUUGUGGACUGUGACAGUAACAGGGAACAACUGAAUGAGAUCUUCCAGCUCCUGAAAUCCCACGUCAACGUUGUCUCUAUGAACCCGACAGAGCAUUUCAAUGUCCGGGAAGAUGGUGACAUGGAGAAUGUUCCCUGGUUUCCUAAGAAGAUCUCAGAUUUGGAUAAGUGUGCAAACCGAGUGCUGAUGUAUGGGUCCGAUUUGGAUGCUGACCAUCCAGGUUUCAAAGACAAUGUCUAUCGCAAGAGGCGAAAGUAUUUUGCAGACCUGGCUAUGAACUACAAACAUGGUGAUCCAAUUCCCAAGAUUGAAUUCACUGAGGAGGAGAUCAAGACUUGGGGUACUGUGUACCGAGAGCUUAACAAGCUUUACCCAACUCAUGCCUGCAGAGAGUACCUUAAAAACUUACCCUUGCUCACCAAAUACUGUGGGUACAGGGAAGACAAUAUCCCCCAGCUGGAAGAUGUGUCCCACUUCCUGAAAGAGCGCACAGGUUUCACCAUCCGCCCCGUUGCUGGAUAUCUAUCGCCCAGAGACUUCUUGGCAGGAUUAGCAUUCAGAGUCUUUCACUGCACUCAAUAUGUUAGACACAGCUCGGACCCUCUCUAUACACCAGAGCCUGAUACCUGCCAUGAACUCCUAGGCCACGUCCCUCUUUUGGCUGAACCCAGUUUUGCUCAGUUCUCCCAGGAAAUUGGUCUUGCAUCACUUGGGGCAUCAGAUGAGGCUGUCCAAAAACUGGCAACAUGCUACUUCUUCACUGUAGAGUUUGGCUUGUGCAAGCAAGAGGGACAGCUACGAGUUUAUGGGGCUGGCUUGCUCUCUUCAAUUAGUGAGCUCAAGCACUCGCUCUCUGGCAGUGCCAAAGUCAAGCCUUUUGAUCCAAAGGUCACCUGCAAGCAAGAAUGUCUCAUUACAACUUUCCAGGAGGUUUACUUUGUUUCUGAAAGUUUUGAAGAAGCAAAGGAAAAGAUGAGAGAGUUUGCAAAAACCAUCAAGCGCCCAUUUGGCGUGAAGUACAAUCCAUAUACUCAAAGCGUGCAGAUCCUGAAAGACAUGAAGAGCAUUGCCAGCGUGGUGAAUGAGCUACGUCAUGAGCUGGACAUUGUCAGCGAUGCCCUCAGCAAGAUGGGCAAGCAGCUGGAAGUUUAA